AUGGCUGCCCACAAUACUUCCACCUGCAAUGACCCUAUAUUGACACCCCAUUUAACCAGGCUCUACUUUGUAGUGCUUAUUGGAGGGCUGAUGGGCAUCAUCUCCAUUUUGUUCCUGCUUGUGAAAAUGAACACCCGGUCUGUGACCACCACAGCAGUCAUUAACCUGGUGGUGGUCCACAGUGUUUUUCUGCUCACAGUGCCUUUUCGCUUGACCUACCUCAUCAAGCACACUUGGACAUUUGGGUUGUCCUUCUGCAGAUUUGUGAGUGCCAUGCUGCACAUCCACAUGUACCUCACAUUCCUGUUCUACAUGGUGAUUCUAGUCAUCAGGUUCCUCAUUUUCUUCAAGCACAAGGACAAAGUGGAAUUCUACAGAAAACUACAUGCUGUGGCUGCCAGUACUGCCGUGUGGCUACUGGUGAUUAUCAUUGUGGUACCCCUGGUUGUUUCUCAGUAUGGAAUUCGUGAGGGCUACGACAGCCACCACUGUUUCAAAUUCCACAAGGAACUUACUCAUGCAUAUGUGCAAGUCAUCAAUUAUAUGAUAGUCGCUAUUGUCAUAGUCAUCGCAGUGAUUCUCUUGGUCCUCCAGAUCAUCAUCAUUGUGUUGAUGGCACGGAAGCUCGGACACUCCUUACUGUCCCAUCAAGAGUUCUGGGCUCAGUUGAAAAAUCUGCUUUUUAUAGGAGUCAUCCUUAUUUGCUUCCUUCCCUACCAGUGCUUUCGGAUUUAUUACCUGUACACUGUGGCAAACUCAAGAGACUGUAACUACAAUGUUGCAUUUUAUAAUGAAAUCUUCUUGAGUAUAACAGCGAUUAGCUGCUUUGAUUUGCUGCUUUUUGUUCUUGGGGGAAGCCACUGGUUUCGGCAAAAGAUAAUUGACCUAUGGAAUUGUCUUCUAUGCCAUUAG